AUGCUCGUGAUUUUCCUUGGAUUCAUCUUUGUUUGGAUCCUCAUGCCAACCUUAACCUAUCGAACCAAGUGGUUACCCGUCAUGCGUACUGAGUUUGGUUUCUCUACUUAUUUUGGUGUAGCAGGCUUGACCCUUUUCAUGUUAAUGUUCCCUAUGCUUCUCAUGGCUUGUUUGGGAUGUCUCUACCUUCACUUGAAGAAACAAAAGAGCACUGAUCAUCUCAUUAGGGAGAAGACAAGCGGAGGAGGCGUGUUGGCAGCCAUGAGAAGGCCCAUGUUGGUCAAUGGACCAUUGGGGAUAGUCUCAGCGACUGAGUUAUUAUUCUUGGCAAUGUUUGUGGCUCUUCUUCUUUGGAACUUCAUCGUUUACUGGCGCAACGCUUACAUCAUCAUUACACCUAAAUCAGCCGCUAAACUCCACCAGAAAUUAUGGGAAGCGAUGUUGGAGGGAAUGGCAAUAAGGAUCGGUUUGGUAGGUAACCUAUGUCUAGCUUUCUUGUUCAUACCGGUGGUUCGUGGGUCAUCAUUGCUUCCGGUAAUAGGACUGACUUCAGAGUCAAGCAUCAAGUACCAUAUUUGGCUUGGUCACAUGCUCAUGUCCUUAUUCACCGUUCACGGCGUUUGUUUCAUUAUCUAUUGGGCCUCAAUGCACGAAAUCUCUCAGAUGGUGACUUGGUCUAAGACCGAGAUGUCCAAUGUUGCCGGAGAGAUUGCUUUGUUGUCUGGACUUGUGAUGUGGGCCACUUCAUAUCCUUCGAUUAGGAGAAGAUUCUUUGAGGUUUUCUUCUAUAGUCACUACCUUUACAUCGUCUUCAUGUUCUUCUACGUCCUCCACGUAGGCAUCGCCUUCUGCUUUAUCAUCUUCCCUGGUUUCUAUAUGUUCAUGGUCGAUCGUUUCUUGAGGUUUUUACAAUCACGUGACAAUGUCCGUCUCUUGUCUGCACGUGUUCUUCCUUCCAACACCGUCGAGCUCACUUUCUCCAAAACCAAAGGAUUGAUGUAUACUCCAACGAGCACAUUGUUUGUGAACAUACCGAGCAUCUCCAAGCUGCAAUGGCAUCCAUUUACAAUUACUUCAAGCAGUAACCUAGAAGCAGAUAAGCUAAGCAUUGUGAUCAAGAGCGAAGGGAAAUGGUCUACAAAGCUUUACCAGAUGCUUUCUUCUUCGGAUCAUACCGAUCGUGCUCUCUCAGUUUCUGUCGAAGGACCUUAUGGUCCUGCUACUACAGAUUUCUUAAGGCAUGAUUCUUUGGUUAUGGUUAGCGGAGGCAGUGGAAUCACUCCAUUCAUCUCUAUUAUCCGCGAUUUAAUCGCCAUGCGCCGGACAACGACAUGUGAAAUCCCCAAAAUAACCUUGAUUUGCGCGUUCAAGAAAGCUUCUGGCAUCUCCAUGCUUGACCUUAUCUUCCCUGCGUCCGGUCUCGAAUUAUCACCUGACCUAAAUAUACAAAUCGAAGCCUUUAUCACCAAAGAAAACGAACCAAUGAACGAAGAAACCGAGAAGAUCAGAACCCUCUGGUUCAAGCCAAGCCACUCGGACCAACCAAUCUCAGCAAUCCUAGGACCAAACUCAUGGCUCUGGCUCGGCGCCAUCCUCUCUUCUUCUUUCAUAAUCUUCUUGGUAAUCAUCGGAGUCAUGACAGAAUACUACAUUUACCCGAUCGAUCAAAACAAGAACAAGUACAAUGCUGCAUCAAGAUCCAUCCUUUAUCUUCUAGUCCUCUGCGUUAGCAUCAUGAUGACAUCAAGUGCAGCUGUGUUUUGGAAUAAGAAGAAGAGCAAUGUUGAAAGCAGUAAACGGGUCCAAAACGUCGACGUACCAAGCCCCAUUUCUUCUCCAAGCUCGUGGGCUUACAGAGAAAUCGAGAGUACUCCUCAAGAGUCUCUUGUGCAAUGCACCAACAUCCAUUUCGGUGAAAGACCAGACCUCGAGAAGUAUCUACUCGAGACAAAAGGUUCAAGCGUGGGAGUUAUGGUGUGUGGUCCGAAGAAGAUGAGACAAAAAGUGGCGAGGAUUUGUUCUUCUGGUUUGGCUGAGAAUCUUCACUUUGAAUCGAUCAGUUUCAGCUGGGUCAUGGGCUUUUCUUACGGCGGCGCCGGAGUUAUCAUCGUCGGAGUUAUUGUAAAUGAUUUAAUGAGAAAGGUUGGUUCUUUUCUUGAUCUAACUCGUUUAUUUGGUGACUAUUCGUCGGAGUCUUCGGGCAUAAACAAGAUUCCGAUGGACGACAUGCUUCCGGCGAUAAAGUUCGAGGAGAUGUCACGGGUGAAUCCGCCGGGGAGUUGCCGGAUAUGUCAAGAUGAUUUCGACGGCGGUGAUCAAGUCCGGUGUUUGAGGAAUUGCGUACAUGUUUUCCACAAGACGUGUAUUGACCGUUGGAUCCAAGACGUUAAGAUGACGUGUCCUUUGUGUAGAACCCCGAUCGUCCCUGAUUUCUAUUUUUUUCGCCUGUAA